AUGGGAGGACAAAAGGGAAAGUCCAAGGGCGGGGCGAAGGGCCGCGGCGGUGGCAAGAAAGCCUCCGCCGCCGCCGGCGGCAACAGGGGCGGCGACAAGUCCGACCCCCGCGCGCUGCGAGCCUUCGUCUCGAGCCACGUCGAACUCGCGUGGGUCGCCUCCGCGGAUGAAGCGACGCGCGCGGCGUUCCUCGACCACGCGUCGACUCCGCCCGCUGCGAGCGCGCUGGAGACGUCGUUCGCGGCGGUUCGCGAGUGUGUGGAGCAGCGAGCGUGCUCGGAGAGGGUCAAGGACGUCGCCGUGCACGCGCUGGCGCUGGUCAGAUCUGGCGAGGUGGAAAGGCUCGCGAAGGAUGCAAAGACGAGAUCUACGGAGGUGCGCGCGGAUCCUUCCACGCCGACGUCUGCCCAGGCGAGGACGUCCACGGGUUCGUCGACCUUCUCCUCCGUAGAUGACGACAGCGACAGCGACUCCGACGGCGAGGACGCCGCGGAGCGCAAGCGCGACGCCGAGCUCGCGCGAUGCCUCCUCGGAUCCGGCGGCUCCGACGCGAGCCUCGCGGUGAGCGAUUUCGCCAUCGUCGAGGCGCCCGUGGACUCGGACCACGGCGCGACGGUGCGGUUCGCUGCCGCGUCGGCGGGGCGAUCCGCGGAAGACGCGCGCCCGGCGCUUCGCGCCGCGCUGGAGCGGGGGCUCGCGUGGAUGGCGCGCGUUCAAGGCGAGGGUUCAAACUCCUCAGAGGGAUCUAAGAAGACGCGAGAUGCCGCAAAUCCCGUCGAGAAAUCGAGCGACGCGUCACCUCCCUCGGGCGCGAUCGACGCGAACAAACCCCAAAGCGAGGACCCGACGCUGUACCUGGACCACUCGAUCCAGUCCCACGACCGCGCGCGAGCCGCCAAGGCGGACUUGGAGCACUUCGCGAGCGUGUACCGGCAGGAGUGGCACGUCAUCGCGGGUUUACAGGCGAGCUGCGCAGAGGCUGGCCGAGACUGGGACGGGCUCGCGCAGGCGUGUCACGCGUGGAUGCUCCUGUCCGACAGACGACGCGAGUUUCACUUCGAGAAGCAGCUCCGGACCAAGUUCGAGAGUCUGAAGAUGCACGAUCACUGGGCGAGGGAGAGUGCGAGGAUUCACCGCUCGUUCGACGCUCGGCACGGCGGCCACCUCGGCGGCGGUCUCAACGCGGCGGCGCAGUCGGGCUUCUCCAAGACGCCCGCGCGCACCGCGCUCGGGGCGCAGCAGACGGCCGCGAGGCAGGCGGCGAUGGACGACAUGAAGCGCGGGUACGACGAGGCCGAUCGGGAGCUGCGAGAGAGGGAGACGAUGACGCCGAGGGUCGAGGCUGACCGGCUCAUCUACUCCGCGAACGCCGCGAUCCAGGCGUACAUGGACUACCUCACGCGCCUGCAGAUGCGGCUGUCCGCGGCGGACCCGAAGGAGCGCGAGGAGCAGAGCAAAGAGAUGCACAAGGAGGAAGACGCGGACGUGACGGCUCGUGACGGCUCGGACGACGACGAGAGGGAGACGGACGACGUCGACGUGCAUCACGUCGAAGCGUGCGAGAAAACCGGUAAGCUGAAGGCGGUCAACACCGACGGAUCUUUCGUUUACGUGGACGCGCCGGCCAUCACCGACGAGACGUCCGCGAACGCCGCGAUCGCCGCGGCGCUCGACGCCGCGCACAAGGCCAAAGCCGCGGGCAAGGAGGCGGCCGCCGACGCCGCGGCGGCGGCGUUUGGGAAGUUUGGGUUGAUCACCGCAGGCCCUGGCCGAAACCUGGCCGAAAAGUACAAGACUUCCGCGGCGGAAAAGUACAAGGCUGAGUGGGAUCAGGAGGUGGCCUACGCGGCGACGUCGGUGCAACGCGCGGAGUGGCUCGCGAUGACCCAGGAGGAACGCGAUCGCGAGAUGGCUGUCCGACAGGAGCGCUGCAACACCGUGUACGUCCACAUCACGCGAUGGAACGCCGCGACGGAUGCUCUGAAGCAAAAGCAGCGCUCGCGACACAACAACGCCGGUGGACAGUACUGGAACACGCAGGACAUCUUGGGGCACGUGCAGCAGAUGGAGCGCACGGUGUUUGCGUGGCUGAAGGGCCACCAGCGAGAGGUGCACCAGGCGGAGCUCAAGCUCCAGUCGUUGAUGGAGAAGGCUCCGGACGCCGCGAGUUUGGGAGUAACCAACCCAAACAACCGCGCCGCCGGCGGGUUCACCACCGGCGGCGUGGGCCUCGCGAAGGACGUCGCGGGCCCGCGACUCAACUACGACGUCUUCCCGUCCAAGUUUCUCAACAAGCUCAACGCCAUCGGCGAGGAGUACGAGUCAAAGAUUCGCGCGUGGAGGGACGAAAUCUCCGCGGGGAAUAGGGCGAUCCACGAGACCGCGGCAAACACCGUCGCUCGGGCGAUGUUCUCGCAGACGUGCGCCAGGCUGGCGUGCACGUUCGCCGAGGCGGAGAGCGAUAGGCGGCGCGAGGAGCUGGACGACCUCGUCCUGCUCGACGACGCGCCCGAUGGAGCCGGGGGUUCCAAGAAGAAGCCCAAGAAGAAGAAGAAGAAUCAAAACGCGAUUGUCGCGAUCGCGGGGCCCGAGGCUUCGAGUGCGGAACCCGAGACGAGACCCGCGGCGGAGACUUCGCGUCUGGAGCCCGACUCGCCCAUGGACGACAGCGCCGCGGAGGUGGAAUCGGACCGGGAUGAGCACGAGCCGUCGCCGCCCGCGCCGGUUCGUAAAUCCGCGCCCCCCGCUUCGUCUUCACCGGAGAUUGAGGAGAUUGAGGAGAUUGGGGAGGGUGACGAUCUGGGCUCUGACGUCGCCUCCGGCUCCGAGGGCGUCGACGCGUGGUGGGGAAUCGAGCGCGGCGAAAAGGCGAGAAGAGACGAGGGAAGCGACUGGGUCGCCGCGGGUCCAAAACCGAGAAAGACCCGCGAGCAGCGGGCGCGGGAGCGCCACGAGCGCGCCGCCGCCGAACGCGCCGAUGCCGAGCGGGCGAUGCGGCGCGAGCGGGAGCUGAGGGAGCGCAAGGCGAGGGAACGGGAGCGAUGGGAGCGCGAGGAGGCGCCGCCGCCCACGGUUGGUUCGAUGCCGGCGCGCGACGGAGGCGGCGAACCCGAGGCUAUCCCGGCGGAGGAUGACGAGGCUCUCCGGAUCGAGGCUAUUCGCAUCGGCGAGCUGGAGUCCAGAGCCGCGAAGGCGGCCAAGGCGGCGCAAGCCGCGGCGGAGGCGGCCAUCGCCGCCGCGGCGGAGGCGGCGAAGAUGCAGGCGGAGGCGGAGGCGGCGAUGAGGGAGGCGCGAAGAUCGCGCGAGACGCUCGCCAAGGCGGCGACGGGACCCGUCCAAUCGGCCAAUCACGCGCCGGGACCCGAAAGAUCGGCCAAUCACGCGUCUGGACCCGACCGAUCGGCCAAUCACGCUUCCGUCGCCACGGCGCCGCCGCCGCCGCCCGGCGCCCCGCCCGGCGUCGCGACGCACGGAUCGGACUCCACCAUGACCAAACCCGUCGCGGCGUUCUUCGCGGGGGCGUCCAACAGGGCGAAGGCGCCGUCGCCCCCGCGGAAAACGCCAACAUCUGAUACACCCGGUGAUAAACCCGGCGGCGAGGGCGGCGAGGCGGAUUCGGAGGAGGAGAUUCGACGGCUUUCCUCCUCCGACUUUCCCGCGCUGUCGCCGUCCGCGGCGGCGGGCAAGGCUGCGGAAAAGCGCGCGGCGCCGCUCAUCGCGGCCCACAAGAGGGCGACGGAGACGUCGAACCUGCCCGUCGGGGCGAAACCCUUCGACCCGAACAUGGCCAAGGCGAUUCUGGCGGGGAUGAGAGACGGCGAUCCAAACAAACCGUAGCGAGUCGGGCGUGCCGUGCGACGAGCGGGUUUGACACGAUCGAUUAAACACACACGAACGCGAGAAUAUCUAUCAUAAUCUUACG